AUGUCAGCUGAUCUAUUCGCAGAGUUCAGCGCUGACUCGAACACCAGUCAGACACAGCAGUCCAAAGCCAACACUGCUACGCAGCCAGCUUCUACAUUCAGCUUCUUCGAUGACUUGAACAGCCAGGGGCCAGGCGCUCCUCAACCACAGCCAACUGCAUUCACACCGAGCUUCGGACGUGACGAUUCCCUCGCAGCACAAACAUCAACAGAAGACGACACUGAUGAUUGGGGCGACUUUGAGGGCGGCUCAAGCUCUGCGAAUCCGGCUCCGGCUGCGCAACACGACCCUUUCGCAUUCCUAUCAAACCAGUCUCAGCCUCGACAGCAAACAUGGACAGGUCAGCCGUCGGCCCACGAUCCGUUUAGCUCCCAGCCGGCCUAUCCAUCCCAAGUAUCACAGGAGUCGUGGAUCAAAGCCCCCAUCAUCAAGGCGAAGAAGCCCGCAGAUUCAAGCGUGCUUUUCGAUGCCGAGGACCUGGAAGAUGAUGAUGACUUUGGCGAUUUCGAAGACUCGCAGUCAAAACCCGUUACACCAGCGCCGACGGUGCCAGUAGGGGGCUCACCAGCUCUAGUCGACCUGCUGGGAGAUCUGGAUGUGACACAGCCUAAGCCUUGGGUAAGUAGCACGAAGAACAAGGCGAGCUGGAGGCCCAGACCCACGAAACCGAGUCGAGGUGAAGGCAAACAGCAAGCCACUGCACCGAAAGCACAGGUUGUCGAUGAUAGCUGGGACACAUUCGAUGACUGGGAGGCUUCGAUACCUGCAGAAGCGUGGAAGAAGUCGGAAGGGACCAAGAGCGCACCUACUCCGACAAGCUCAGCACCUGCGCCCAUUCUGUCUCCUGCAGUUGGCGACGUAUCUCCGGGGGAACUACCGCCCACCAAUGUUCCACCGCCCGGCGUGCUGCUUUCACUGUUCCCAUCCUUGUUCGCAGACGCGCAGGAGAAGCUAUUCAAGCCCAUGGCCGCACAAACGCUGCCGAUGAGGAACAAGCUUCUGGCGGAACCGGGUACGAUUACCUACCUCCGCGGCUAUCUCAUGUUGGCGUCUGUUGCGGCACACGUCAUGGCAGGUCGCAAGCUACGGUGGAAGCGGGACCAGCAUCUCUCCCAAGGCAUGAGGAUUGGACCGGCGUCGUCUCGGGCUACGUCAGGCAUGAAGCUUACAGGCAUCGACAGGGGCGAGAACCUAAAGGAAGAAAGAGAGGCUUCGGAUGUGGUCAGGGUGUGGAAAGAUCAGGUUGGAAGGCUACGACAUGUGGUCUCUGGUGUCAACCAGAUCCAAGCCGGUACUUUGGGGGCUGUGCCGGAUCUGCAGGAGACGAUGCCGGUCAGGACGCUGAAGCAGUCUGAAGGUGGUGUGCCUGCGCGGCAAGCGUGCAUGAUGUGUGGGUUGAAGAGAGACGAGAGGGUGGGUGCGGCAGACAUGGCGGUCGAAGAUAGUUUUGGGGAGUGGUGGAUUGAGCAAGUCAAGAUGCAUCGAGGGUGUAGAAACUUUUGGAACGAACACAGGGACAAGCUUAGACAGCGAUGA